AUGUAUAACGCCAGUCUGGCCUGCACGAAGUUCUCCAUUCUCUUCCAAUAUCUGCGCAUCUUCCCAGGCCACAGCUUCCGCAUCGCCUGCUACAUCACGAUGGUCAUCGUGGCGAUCUACUCCACCUGGGCCAUCGUCAGCGGCUACGUCAACUGCGUCCCAGUGGCCCGGUUCUGGAACCACGAAAUCCCAGGCUCCUGUCUCAGCUUCGAGGCCGUGUGGUUCUUCAACGCAUCCAUGAACAUCGCUACCGAUCUAGCCUUGCUCAUCAUGCCGAUGCCUCUCCUCUCUCAUCUGCAGCUUCCGCGCAUACAGAAACUUGCGCUCAUGGCUGUUUUUGCUAUCGGCGGAUUAGUCGUCAUAACCAGCAUCCUCCGCCUCUCUAGCCUCCGCAAAGUAGCCAAAAGCCCAGACACAUCCUACAGCAACGUCGCCGCCGCCUACUGGACCGCCGCCGAAUGCAACGUCGCCAUCAUCUGCGCCUGUCUCCCCUUUCUACGUCCCAUAGUUAGCCGCAUCUUCCCGAAGCUGCUCUCCACGCAGAGCUACAAUACCCCGUACUCGCGCGGGCGGACACUCACGACGCUCACUAAGUCCAAGGCUCAGGGGCCGAAGAUGGCGCUUUAUUCGCAGGAUCGGGACUUGGGGCUGUGUACGAUUGAUGUCGAUGUACAGGGUCCGGCUCCGGCCCAGGGCUAUGGCAGAGGGAGCGGGGAGGGGAGUAGUAGUGCUGGUGGAGGGGGGAUAGAAGUUAGGACUGAGAUGACGCAGCAGAGUACGGUUCAUGGGGAGGAGACGAGUCAGAGGAGGUUAGUUAUGGAUGUAUGA